GGUGAGUCGUGGAAGGUAUAAUUUCAUUUUACCGGAUCAUCUGGCUCAGUGAUAGCGUAUUAGUACGCCAAGCACUAAACAACACUUAGAGAGUGAGAAGCAAAAGCGCACUCCACCACUUGUCAUGCACUCAGACGAGAAGAAGCCCUCAGCGUUCAGCGUUAACCAUAUCCUACAAGCAGCAGAAAGCUCAAUGGCAGAUAACAACGCGAGCAGAGAAUCCAACAACGAAAACAAAAUUACUUCAGAUGAGAGCCAAGUGAAGAUAAUUUUAGAAGAAGCUGAUUUAUGGCGAAGAUUCAAGUCCUUGACAAACGAGAUGAUCGUAACUAAGAAUGGCAGGCGAAUGUUCCCGGUACUAAAGGUAAAUGUGACUGGACUAGAGCCAAAAUCCAUGUACUCUUUUCUCUUGGAUUUCGUCUGCGUUGGAGGCAAUAGAUGGAAGUACGUUAAUGGUGAAUGGGUAUUAGGAGGCAAGCCUGAACCCCCAACACCAAGUUGUGUGUAUAUUCACCCAGAUUCUCCAAACUUCGGUGCCCACUGGAUGAAACAGAGCAUUGGAUUUUCUAAAGUCAAACUGACCAACAAGCAAAGCAGUUCAGGACAGCAAAUAAUGCUGAACUCCUUACACAAGUAUGAGCCGCGGAUUCAUAUUAUCAAAGUUGGGGCAUCGGACAACAACAGGACUAUAGUAUCACAUUCGUUUCCCGAAACUCAGUUUAUAGCCGUCACCGCUUAUCAAAAUGAAGAGAUUACAAGCUUGAAGAUCAAAUAUAAUCCUUUUGCAAAGGCUUUCCUGGACGCGAAAGAAAGGCAGGAGCAGAAGGAAGCGUAUGAACAGUCCGAGACCCAUUCAGCGUACUCCCAAUGUGGUUGGUUCUGUGCUGGUCCGCCGCCCGUGUAUUCUCAUCAUCAUCAUCAUCCUUCAUCGUAUCCUCAUAUAUCAGCAUCGCCUUAUCGAGGAAUAAGUCAGCUAGGCAUCCGAAGUCAUCGUCCAGCUCCCUACCCAAAUCCCUACUACAAACGCGCGGAUCUUUCGCCGCCAGGUAUUCCACAACAAUAUUAUACCCAAGAAUCCAAUCAGCUAAUUUUUCCGGGGGCUCCAACGAUAGAUAACCUGGCUAUACCGACCACAGUCGGACACCAUCCGCCUUCAGGACUAUCGUCUAUCGGCGGAUCAAGUCCUUAUGGGCGAGUUUCACACGAUUUAGAUAAUCAUCGACGAGAAACUACCGAGAAGUCUAAACAUCUUCAAAAUGGGAGCUUAACUUUGCAUCCUGCAUGGACCACGAUUCCGCAACCUUAAAUCAGUAUAAAAUUCAAAAUAGAACUAAAAUAAAUACAACGUUAGCUGUUACAUGAGGUAUUUGACGAGCACCCAUUAAAAUCUUAUAUUUGGGUCGAAAAUUAAGAAAAUAUUUUUUUCAAGGAUGUAUUGAGAUUUGGAUCAAGUAUGACUGUAUGACUGACUUGCUCAUUUGGACGACACUAUUGAUCGUUAAAAGGAAAAAGAAGCUAUGUACACUAAUUGGAAUACCAUAUUACACAAAGAUUAAAGCAAAUAUCCCAGUACGAAGCUCAAUUUCAAUUUUUUUUGGUGAGGUUGCGAAGCAAAAUUAUAACAGGGAAGAAAGAAAAAAGAAAUUUUUCUGGUUCGAAUGUCUUGCGGAAUGAUAGUCUUGUUUUGAUCCAAUUUUGAUCCAAUUACCAAUCCCCCUUURAAGAAACACUAGAAAACAAAAAAGGAAUCGAAAAAGAGUAACAGCUAACUUAAUUUAUUCACUGUAAAUAAGAUUUGUAAAAUACGUUCAAGUUAUUUAUGACAAAAUUUCAACCUGC